AUGGGUAGCCUCGAGGACCCCAGCAACAUUGGAUUCAUUGGCCUUGGGGCCAUGGGCCUGGGGAUGGCCCCCGACCUCCAACGCAGACCCCAGUACACCGUGACGGGGUUCGACAUCUGGCAAUCCAGUCUCGACAGAUUCGUUGCGCAGGGUGGGCGUGCCGGAAAGUCCCCCAGUGAUGUUGCUAAGAGCAGUCACAUCCUCAUCUGCAUGGCGGCAACCGCCCAACAGCUGGACUCUAUCCUGUUCGACUGCUCAGCUAUCGACGCAUUGCCCAGAGACGCGACCGUGGUCUUGUGCUCAACUGUCCCACCCACCUAUUAUGACUCCCUCCCUUCACGCAUCGCAAGCAUCGGCCGCCCGGAUGUCGCUGUUGUUGAUGCGCCCGUGUCCGGCGGCACCCUUCGCGCGGCCAACGGGACUCUGAGUAUCUUCGCCGCAGGAUUAUCCGAUGCACUUGCUCGGGCGGCGAGCCUACUCAACGAUAUGUCGGGGCGACUAUACAUAAAUUCCGGUGGCCUUGGAGCGGCCAGCAAGAUCAAGAUGGUUAACCAGCUGCUGGUGGGUACACACAUUGCAGCAGCGUCAGAAGCCAUAGCCUUUGCCACAAGGGCUGGUCUCGAUACAAGAGAAGUAUUCGACAUUAUCCAGCACACUUAA